AUCUCAAAAACCUAAAUCUCCACUCCCCUCUCCAAAAAAAAACUUCAAGAUGGCACCAAAGGCAGGAAAGAAGCCAGCAGAGAAGAAACCCGCCGCCGCGGCGGAGAAGCCAACGGAGGAGGUAGUCGCCGAGAAAGCCCCCGCGGAGAAGAAACCCAAGGCCGGGAAGAAGCUCCCGAAGGAAGCCGGAGCCAUCGACAAGAAGAAGAAGAGGAACAAGAAGAGCAUCGAGACUUACAAGAUCUACAUCUUCAAGGUCCUGAAGCAGGUUCACCCUGACAUCGGGAUCUCGAGCAAGGCCAUGGGGAUCAUGAACAGCUUCAUCAACGACAUCUUCGAGAAGCUUGCUCAGGAGGCGUCCAAGCUCGCGAGGUACAACAAGAAGCCUACCAUCACUUCUAGGGAGAUUCAGACCGCUGUUAGGCUUGUUCUUCCUGGUGAGCUCGCUAAGCAUGCUGUUUCCGAAGGGACUAAGGCUGUGACUAAGUUUACUAGCUCUUGAAGGGUGUGUUUAGGGUUUCUAGAUCUGGGCGCUUUUGGUUUUUAUGAUUUGGGUUGUAAUCGUGGAAGAAGAAUAUAUGGUAUCUUUUGGAAGUAGAAUCUUAAUAUCUUUGUAAUCGUUUGGUUAAAUCUCAAUCUUUGUUCUAUAAUCUUUUCUCUGUUUUAAGUUACCCAAGAAGGUUUAAUUUCAUUAGUCUUUGCUUGGAUCUUUA